AUGGCCGCCCUGUCCGAGGACUCCGGCGAGGGCGUUAUCAUGCUGAUCUACGGCGGCGAGGACGGCAUCCGCCUCCGGCCUGCUGACGCCUCCGACGCUUGGGAUGUCGGAUCCGCCAGCCAAUGGGGCGAGCCUUGCCUGAUGCUGGGCAGUGACAUUCGGAUCGAGUACCUGCCUGACGGGUGGGACUACUCCCAGCACCCGCACUGA